UUAUUAUGGUCAUUUAUGCGAUAAGCUCAUAUAAAGCAAUAUAUAAGGACGAAGCAACUCGUAGUUACGAAUCAUCUAAGACAAUGUCCAAAAAAAAAAUUUUGUGUUGCAUGUUGCUAGUAAUCGUAGGAGUAUUCUUUAGAAGGCAAUGUGAGGCAAACGAAAUUACUGAAAUAUUUUUUGACGAAGGAGGUAUAACUGCAACAGACAUUGCGCACAAAGCGGGAUAUCCAGCCGAAAGUUAUGAAGUUGUCACACAGGAUGGUUAUAUUUUGCGGGUGGAUAGAAUCACAGGAUCGAAAAAAAGUCCCCCGUCUGAUAAUAAAACACCUGUAUUACUCGUUCAUGGAAUUUUAGAUGCUUCGCCUACGUGGGUUGUAGCAGGUCCUGAAAGGGCUUUAGGUACCUAUUAUCAAAUUAAUCACUCCUUUUUUUUAUUCUCACAUCUUAAAGUAGUUGAAUACGCCUUGGACAAAGGAAAGUUGGUA